CCUAGUUGCUUGCUGUCUGAAGCGGCAGCGAGUGGAGUGGGACGAGAGGCUUCCGUCUCUGGGCUGCGGAAUCUACCCUACGAAAGACAGCUAUCGCUCUGGGCAGGAGGAGAGAGAGCACUGAAAGGGAAAGGAAAAGGCCUUCGGAGAUGGGCGACAAGGCGGGGACCAGAGUCUUCAAGAAGUCUAGCCCCAACUGCAAGCUCACAGUAUACUUGGGGAAGAGGGACUUUGUGGAUCACCUAGAUCACGUGGACCCUGUAGAUGGAGUGCUCUUGAUUGACCCAGAAUACCUUAAAGACAGAAAAGUGUUUGUGACCCUGACGUGUGCCUUCCGUUAUGGCCGUGAGGACCUGGAUGUGCUGGGACUGUCUUUCAGGAAGGAUCUCUUCAUUUCCAAUUUCCAGGCAUAUCCCGCUCUGCCUGAGGAACACAAACCGCUCAGUCGUCUACAGGAGAGACUGCUCAAGAAGCUCGGCCAGAAUGCAUACCCUUUCAACUUCACGAUACCUCAGAACCUUCCCUGCUCAGUCACUCUUCAACCUGGCCCAGAGGACACAGGAAAGGCAUGUGGUGUAGACUUUGAGGUCAGGGCAUUCUGUGCCAAAACUGUGGAUGAGAAGACUCACAAGCGGAAUUCUGUGCGGUUGGUGAUCCGUAAGGUGCAAUAUGCUCCAGAGAAGCCUGGUCCUCAGCCAAUGGUGGAGACCACACGCAGCUUCCUUAUGUCUGAUCGUUCUCUUCACCUCGAGGCCUCGCUAGAUAAAGAGCUCUACUACCAUGGUGAACCUAUAAGUGUCAACGUCCAUGUCACCAACAACUCCACCAAAACAGUCAAACGAGUUAAAAUCUCAGUGCGACAGUAUGCCGAUAUCUGUUUGUUCAGCACUGCACAGUACAAAUGUCCUGUGGCUCAGGUAGAGGCUGAUGACCAGGUAUCACCCAGCUCCACAUUCUGUAAGGUGUAUACACUCACACCCACGCUGAGCAAUAACAGAGAGAAGAGGGGUCUGGCUCUGGAUGGACAGCUAAAACAUGAAGAUACCAACCUGGCCUCCAGUACCAUAGUGAAAGAUGUGUCCAAUAAAGAGGUGCUGGGAAUCUUGGUGUCCUACAGAGUCAAAGUCAAGCUAGUGGUGUCACGUGGAGGUGAUGUGUCUGUGGAGCUGCCUUUCGUUUUGAUGCACCCUAAGCCUUCUGAACAGCCCAACUCAAGACCACAGUCAGCUGUGCCAGAGACGGAUGUACCUGUGGAUGCCAACCUCAUAGAGUUUGAAACAAAUAAUUUCUCACAGGAUGAUGACUUUGUGUUUGAGGACUUUGCAAGGCUUAGGCUGCAGGGAAUGAAAGAUGAAGAGGAUGACCACUUCUGCUAACGCCUUCCUCCUUCACAUAGAUGAUACCAUGAGGAGGUCUGAAGGAAGGGUAACAGGGGUGUGAUGUCAACCUGCCAGUACUCUCAUACCUCUGCUCCACUGGGACCAUCUGAUAUUGUGGAGCACUUAUUGAUAUUUUCAAAGCCUCCUUUCACUUUCUUUCUUUCCCUCUAUUCUCUUUCCUUUGGCUCUCUUCCUCACCAUUUUGUCAUCUGUGAUGUGGUCCUUGAAAUGACCUUGGUAUCUAUGGUCAUAUGAGCCACUUCACUCUGGUGCUUAUAUGUUUGACAGAAAGACAUAUAGGGAGAAGAAAACAAUGAUGAACUGGGUCAUCUAGACAUCAAUGUAUAAUAUUGUUGGUGGGCAAAGGGUUCAUUGUUUCAGGAAUGACUUGUGUUUUCUUUUUUCUUUCUAUUCUCUUGUUAUCAAAUUCUCACUUAUAUAUCAAGUGGGCAUUAAUAGCAAUAUAAUGAUGACAUACUGUAUGUUCCAUGUUAUUACAUUGUACAGUUCAUACACUGUUCAUAGACACCAUAGGGAACUUAAAUUUGGUGUUAAUUCCUCUUUCCUAGGCCCGUAAUCCAAUCCAUCCAUACCUGUUCACAGCUUUUAUGUUAUAGCUAUGUAAAAUGUAUACACAUCAUAAAAAUAUGUAGUAACACUUUUCUGUGCACUUGUUGUGCACGCAAUACUCAAACAAUUAAGGAUGUGGCAUUUUAGUGAAAGAGUAGUUGGCAAAGUGCAUUGGGACACAAGCAUCUGGUUUAUAAUGUAAAUUUUAACAUUUAUUCCACAUGUUGAGUUGUAGUAUAUGUACACACUGCUACAGGUCUUCAGUGCGAAAUAAGCUUGUAGAUAACUCAAGAGGCCAGGGACAGCCUCUGAGAAUUUCAGAUGCCUGAUAUAUUUGUAUGUGCCUCACAAGAAUUAAUUCCUCAUUAUUUGUGCCUGCCAAGCUUUAUUUGCCAAAAUGUGAUGUUUUAUAAAGUUGCUUGUAAGUUAAGCUCAGUUUAUGAACGUUUAUGAAAAUGACAUGCUCAUUCCAUGUUUUUGUUCACAGGAACUUAUAAUGUAACCAUUGGACUGCCAGAAAUAUUUUGAUGAUGGUUAUUUUAAAUCUCAGUUGUAGCAUGAUUUCCAGGAAAUUUACUUUUAAUCAUUCUUCCAGGAUCAAGCUUUUCCUUUUGACCUUUAGUUUACUACUGAACAAUGGCAAAUUUACUUAUGUUACAACCUGUACUUGGAAGUAACAUUUUAUAGAGAACAAAAUGGAGCUCCCAUUGAUGGACAAAAAGAUAUCUUUAAAAUAAAGGUUUGCUUUGUUAAAAGCACCCAUACAACCAUGGAGCGUACUUGCCAGUGAGCAUACUUACAUUAAAUUUCAACUUUGUGC